UCUUCAUCCAAGCUCUCGUGUUUUCACAAUCUACACCUCUUCUACCCAACAAAUAAUCAAACAUGGGCUUUCCUACACCAGCAAAAUGGUACACUCAGAGCACCAAUCUGUCUCUGCGCAUCCUCACAGGAGUCACUUCACUCAUUGCGCUCUGCGUCUUCGGAUGGGCAAACAGCAGCCACGACAUAAGCGAAAUGGGCUACUAUGACAUGGGCGGGCCCGUGCUCAGUCCAGUUAUAGCAGGCACCGCAUACACCCUUGCGUGGUCAGUUAUAGCGGUAUGCGUCGAGUUGCUAUCGCGUAAACCAAUCCACCAUGGCGUAUAUGUUACCUUCGAUCUAUUCGCGUGGACCGGAUUGGUUGCGACUAUAAUUAUGUUCCUGCUGUGGAUGAUGCCAUAUUUUACAGGUGUUAGGUCUAGUUGCGAUUCAGGAUAUAGAGACUGCUACCAAGUGACCUUGGCAAAUAUUGAGCACUUUGGGACGGCGAUGGCUUUGGUCACCAUGAUUUUGUAUUUUUGGCUUUUUGUUCGGUCAUGCAUUUCUACCCAUAAGCUGCGGAAGGAGGCGAGGCUUUCGACAAAGGAGAGUAAUGAUUCUCGUGCCUAAAUGGCAAUGGAAACGAGGGGAAACGAGGGGAUGAUAUUGUUUACGAAACUCUGACCAGCCUUAUCAGGCUGGAUUUAAUGCCCACUAAUUUGUGCUGCGUGAAGAUACAGGCCUUUUUCAAGCAUUAUACGCUUAAUGACUCGUUGAUUGUUUAUACUACUAUAUGAUACAAUAGCUAAUAGUUAAUUAUAUCUCAAUUACAA